AUGCUGCGAACCAUCCAAACUCUCCGAACACCAUACCAACUGUCCAAGCUGCGGCUGUCAAACCAACUGCGCACUGCUGCAACAACCACUAGCGGCAAAGCCGAGGGUACAAUUGCAGAUUCAUUUGCUUCCUUAUCUGGUCAGCAAUUUGAAGCACUCGAACCACGCUUCGCCGUUGUAAAAGAGAAUCUCAUCCGAGGAAACGAACAAGCCGUCAAAGCAUCUUGGAAUAGGUUACUCUUGACAUUAAAAGAUGAAGUUCAGGAAAUCAAGCGACUGGGCUCGUCGAUUAUCCCGCAGAUUGAUUUCAAAGACAUCGACGCUCCUUCUGAGUACUUCAGUAGCGAAUAUAGGAAGCGUGGUGUUGCAGUCAUCAAAGGUGCAAUUCCCGAGGCCGAGGCUUUGCAGAUGAAGGAGGAUCUUAGGGAGUACAUCAAGGCGAAUCCUCAGACAAAAAGUAAGCAUCGCCCACGACCACAGGUCUUUGAACUCUACUGGAGCAAAUCGCAAAUUCGGGCAAGAGGUCAUCCCAACCUGCUCAAAGCACAACAGUUCCUGCUCAGUUUUUGGCAUUCCAAAGACCCGAACGCAUUGUUUUCGGACACGCCGAUAUCAUACUGCGACAGACUUCGCAUGCGUGAGCCUGGUGAUGCAAAGUUCGCUCUCGGCCCACACAUAGAUGGAGGAAGCUGCGAGAGAUGGGAAGAGACUGGUUACGGCCUAGGCAAAGUCUACCAAGACAUCUGGGAAGGUAAUUGGGAAAAGUACGAUCCUUGGGAAUCUAGCAGCCGCUUGCCUGUCGAGUCAGAUCUGUACCAAGGCGCCGGUGCUUGCAGUGCCUUCAGAGCAGCCCAAGGUUGGCUGAGCAUGUCUCACUGCAGUGCUUUCGAAGGAACUUUGCUUGUCAACCCUUUGCUCCAGCUUGCGACCGCCUAUUUCCUGCUCCGUCCAUUCUUCACUCCCCAAAACGGUCCCUCGACUCAGGUGUCGGUGAAUGGAGCGUUGGAACAAACCAACACCGAUGAUUUCCUCUCUCCGGACAACUGGAAGCUUGAAGACACACCGACUUCGUGGCUGCAGGGAGCCAACCUUGGGCGUGGUCAGGAGCUCAACGCGCUGCUUCAUCCUCAUCUCAAUCUACCCGAGACCAUGGUGCACAUACCAAGAGUACAACCUGGCGACUAUGUUGUCUGGCACUGCGACGGCAUUCAUGCCGUUGACAAGAUCCACUGCGGAAAGAGUGACUCGAGUGUACUCUACAUUCCUGCUUGCCCGCUAACGGAGCGCAAUGCCGAAUACCUGGUCCGCCAGAGAGACUGCUUUUUAAGAGGUACUCCUUCUCCAGAUUUCCCUGGCGGCGUUGGCGAAAGCCAGCACAUCGGUCGCGCAGUGCAAGAAGACAUUUCGGCUAUCUCGGGCGUCAAUGGUCUACGCGCCAUGGGCUUGGAGAGAUUCGAUGAGGACGCUGGUCGCACCCCAGGAGAGAGGGAGGUCAUGGCAAGUGCGAAUCGCAUCCUUGAUUUCAACUAA